ACUUACCCGUCACUAUAAGAGUAGAAGCUCGCGCGCAUUUCAAAAUUCUCUCAAUUUGCGAUCCAGAGAAGUUCCAUGGAAGACGACGCAGGAGAAAGAUCAAGUUUCGUACUCGGUUUGAUCGAGAAUAGGGCUAAAGAGGUUGGAGUGGCUGCUUUUGACCUAAGGUCAGCUUCACUUCAUCUCUCUCAGUACAUUGAAACCAGCAGUUCCUAUCAGAACACGAAGACACUGCUUCAUUUCUAUGAACCAAUGGUUAUUAUCGUUCCUCCUAACAAGUUGGCGGCUGAUGGUAUGGUUGGAGUAUCAGAGCUUGUAGAUAAAUUUCGCCCUACUGUUAAGAAGGUCAUAAUGGCCCGUGGUUGCUUUGACGACACUAAGGGAGCAUUGCUGGUGAAAAAUUUAGCAGCUAAGGAGCCUUCUGCACUUAAUUUGGAUACUUACUGCAAGCAAUACUAUCUUUGCUUGGCUGCAGCUUCUGCAACUAUCAAGUGGAUAGAAGCUGAGAAAGGGGUGAUCAUUACGAGUCACUCACUUUUGGUGUCAUUCAAUGGCUCAUUUGACCACAUGAACAUUGAUGCUACAAGUGUGCAUAACUUAGAAAUCAUCGAUCCACUGCAUGUUAGUCUGUGGGGAACAACUGAAAAAAAGAGAAGUCUCUUCCACAUGUUGAAGACAACAAGAACUAUUGGCGGGACUAGACUUCUUAGAGCCAAUCUUCUGCAGCCGCUAAAAGAUAUUGAAACUAUAAAUGCUCGUUUUGAUAGCUUGGAUGAAAUAAUGAGCAAUGAACAAUUAUUUUUUGGUCUCACCGAAGUUCUCCGAAAGUUUCCCAAAGAAACUGAUAGGGUACUUUGCCAUUUCUGCUUCAAGCCUAAAAGAGUUACCAAUGAAGCUUUUGUCAGUGAUAACACUAGAAAGAGUCAGAUCUUAAUUUCAAGUAUCAUUCUUCUAAAAACUGCCUUGGAUGCAUUGCCACUUCUUUCAAAGGUGCUCAAGGAAGCAAAGAGUUAUCUCCUUGGAAAUGUUUACAAAUCUGUAUGUGAGAAUGAGAAGUAUGCUACCAUAAGGAAAAAAAUUGGAGAGGUGAUUGAUGAAGAUGUGCUUCAUGCACGGGUACCAUUUGUUGCCCGGACGCAACAAUGCUUUGCAGUCAAAGCUGGAAUAGAUGGACUUCUGGAUAUUGCACGUAGAUCUUUUUGUGACACAAGUGAAGCCAUACACAAGCUUGCAAACAAGUAUCGCGAGGACUUCAUGUUGCCAAAUUUGAAAAUCCCUUUUAACAAUAGGCAAGGGUUCUAUUUUAGCAUUCCUCGAAAGGAUAUACAAGGAAAGCUUCCAAGCAAGUUCAUCCAGGUUGUGAAACAUGGAAAUAACAUGCAUUGCACUACUCUGGAGCUUUCUUCUUUAAAUGUCAGGAACAAGUCUUCUGCAGCUGAAUGCUACGUCCGUACAGAACUUUGCUUAGAAGAACUCGUUGAUGCCGUAAGAGAGGAUGUCUCAGCGCUUACUCUUCUUGCAGAGGUCUUAUGCCUUCUAGAUAUGCUAGUUAACUCAUUUGCACAAACAAUAUCCACUAAGCCAGUUGAUCAAUAUGUUAGACCUCAAUUCACAGAUGAUGGUCCACUAGCAAUUGAUGCUGGGAGACAUCCUAUCCUAGAGAGCAUACAUAAUGACUUUGUUCCCAACAGUAUAUUUCUUUCUGAAGCAUCAAACAUGGUAAUUGUCAUGGGCCCAAACAUGAGCGGAAAGAGUACUUAUCUUCAGCAAGUUUGUCUAAUAGUUAUCCUUGCUCAGAUAGGCUGCUAUGUUCCUGCCCGUUUUGCAACUAUUAGAGUAACUGACCGAAUAUUCACGAGGAUGGGAGCAGCUGACAAUAUUGAGUCGAACUCUAGUACGUUUAUGAUGGAGAUGAAGGAGAUGGCUUUCAUAAUGCAGAAUGUCUCCCCAAGGAGUCUGAUAGUUAUAGACGAGUUGGGAAGAGCUACAUCAUCCUCUGAUGGAUUUUCAAUAGCAUGGAGCUGCUGUGAGCAUCUUCUACAACUUAAAGCGUACACCCUUUUUGCAACCCAUGUGGAAAACCUAUCAGAACUGGCCACCAUCUAUCCUAAUGUUAAGAUCCUUCAUUUUCAUGUUGACAUAAAAAGUAGUCGCUUGGAUUUCAAGUUUGAACUCAAGGAUGGACCACGACACAUACCACAUUAUGGCCUCCUACUAGCAGGGGUGGCUGGGUUACCUGGGUCGGUGAUUGAAACAGCCAAAACAAUCACAUCACGCGUUACGGAAAAGGAAACAAAGAGAAUUGAGGUGAACAGUUAUCAAUAUCAAGAUAUCCAGAUGGCUUACAAGGUUGCUCAACGGUUGAUGUGCUUGAAAUACUCCAGCCAGGAUGAGGCCUCGAUCCGAGAAGCCUUGCAAAAUCUUAAAGAGUCUUACAUAAACGGAAACCUUUAGCUAGGAUAUAUUCCCAUUAACGGUAUAUUCUUAUCUGUUCCUCAGUAUCUUUUACUGUGUUGAAUUUGGACGAUGACAGGCAAAGGAAUUAUGUGGAUAAUUAAAUGCAUGGUGUUAGAUCAUCCGCAUUUAGGAAAUCCUAUCACAUGCCAAGUCCUGCGUAAAUAUACAUACAUCGACAUUUUAAGAAACGUAGGACCAUAUUUCUUGUCACUAAAAUCAUUUAAGAAAUAAUUAUUAGCUUAAUUGCAUGAGACAACACGUAAGUGUUUUGCGUUACACUGGACCCAAUGAACAAACAGGUUUAUUUCUAUAGAUCUC